AUGGCUUUCCUCAUCAAAAGUAUGGUGGGUAACCCGCUGAAAGGAAUGGGGCUUGGCGGUGGAGAGGAGAAGACAGAGGAGGCCACCCCAUCGGAUCCAGCAAAAGCAGCAGGCAUGACGAGAGAGGAGUAUGAGGAGUACCAGAAACAGCUAGUGGAAGAAAAGAUGGAGAGAGAUGCAGACUUUUUACACAAGAAGGCAGAGAGAGCGACUCUGCGGGUGUGCUUGAGAGAGAAAUACAGACUGCCAAAGAGUGAACAGGACGAGAAUAUGCUUCAGAUGGCUGGCGAUGAUGUGGAUGUCCCUGAGGAGCUGCUUAAGAUGGUGGAUGAAGAUGCAACAGAAGAGGAGGAGAAAGACUCCAUCAUGGGCCAGAUACAAAACCUGCAGAAUAUGGACAUGGACCAGAUUAAGGAGAAGGCCAGUGCCACACUCACAGAGAUGAAAUCAAAAGCUGAGGAGAAGUGCUCUGUGAUGUAA